CGGCGGCUGAGGGGCGGGCUGGCGGGCGGCGCUCCUCGGCCCGGCCCCCGGCCCAGCCCCCGGCUCCGCCGCCCGGCCCCCGGACCGCGGUAUAUAUGCGGAGCGGGCGCGGGACGCCGAGCCGGAGCCGGGUGGACGCCGUCGCGCAGAGGUUUGUGGCUGCCACCCUGUUUCCUCGAGGCGUGGCUUGCAGGGCACGAUGAACGUCCAUGAGCUCCGCAGCAGGCUGUCCAAAGCCGGGCAGGCGCAUCUGCUGCAGUUCUGGCCGGAGCUGGAGGAGGCCCAGCAGGUGGAGCUCUACGCAGAGCUGGAGGCCAUGAACUUCGAGGAGCUGCACGCCUUCUUCCAGAAGGCCACUGCAGAGUCCAGCCAGUCUCAGCGGGACGGCGUGGACGCACGCAUGGAGCCUGUCCCUCGGGAGGUGCUGGGCAGUGCCACCCGGGACCAGGACCAGCUCCAGGCCUGGGAAAGUGAAGGACUUUUCCAGAUUUCUCAGAACAAAGUGGCAGUUCUUCUCCUAGCUGGUGGGCAGGGGACAAGACUCGGUGUUGCCUAUCCCAAGGGCAUGUAUGAUGUUGGUUUGCCAUCCCAUAAGACACUUUUUCAGAUUCAAGCAGAGCGCAUCCUGAAGCUUCAGCAGUUGGCUGAAAAAUAUCACGGCAACAAGUGUGUCAUUCCAUGGUACAUAAUGACCAGUGGCCGAACGAUGGAAUCUACAGAGGAAUUCUUCGCCAAGCACAAGUACUUCGGUUUAAGAAAAGAGAAUGUAAUCUUUUUUCAGCAGGGAAUGCUGCCAGCCAUGACUUUUGAUGGGAAGAUUAUUCUGGAAGAGAAGCACAAGGUUUCUAUGGCUCCAGAUGGGAACGGUGGUCUGUACCGGGCCCUGGCCGCCCAGAACAUUGUGCAGGACAUGGAGCGAAGGGGCGUGGGGUGCGUCCAUGUCUACUGUGUGGACAACAUCCUGGUGCGGGUGGCAGACCCCCGCUUCAUCGGCUUCUGCGUUCAGAAAGGAGCAGACUGUGGGGCGAAGGUGGUGGAGAAGACGAACCCCACGGAGCCGGUGGGCGUGGUGUGCCGCGUGGACGGCGUGUACCAGGUGGUGGAGUACAGCGAGAUCGCCCUGGCCACGGCGCAGAGGCGCGGCCCCGACGGCCGGCUGCAGUUCAGCGCCGGCAACAUCGCCAACCACUUCUUCACCGUGCCGUUCCUGAGAGACGUGGUCAAGGUGCAUGAGCCCCAGUUACUGCACCACGUGGCUCAGAAGAAGAUCCCAUGUGUGGGUCCCCAGGGGCAGCGGGUCAAGCCAGACAAGCCAAAUGGGAUAAAGAUGGAGAAGUUCGUCUUUGACAUCUUCCAGUUUGCCAAGAAGUUUGUGGUGUAUGAAGUGUUGCGGGAAGAUGAGUUCUCCCCGCUGAAGAACGCAGACAGCCAGAACGGCAAGGACAACCCCACGACCGCCAGGCACGCGCUCAUGUCCCUGCACCACUGCUGGGUGCUCAACGCGGGCGGCCACUUCAUCGAUGAAAACGGCUCGCGCCUGCCAGCCAUUCCCCGCAGUGCUGCCAAUGGAAAGUCAGAGAGCAUCACAGCUGGUGUCAAUUACAACUUGAAGGAUGCCAAUGACGUGCCGAUCCAGUGUGAAAUCUCCCCCCUUGUCUCCUACGCCGGAGAGGGAAUAGAAAGUUAUGUGGCAGGUAAAGAAUUCCACGCACCUUUAAUCAUUGACGAGAAUGGAGUCCAUGAGCUGGUGAAGAACGGCCUAUGAGCCGGUCCCCAGCUCCGCACCGGCAGGAUGGGGUCUGGUUUUCACAGACCACCCGCGAACCUCCCGGCCGCUGCCUGGAGGCAUCAGGCUAGGCUGAGCGUCCACAGGCUCCAUGUGCUCGUUGAACUUCGUAACAACCGUGGCCCCCAAGAUCCAAGUGACUGGACUUCAGAAAGCAUUUUUACGGUUCUCAGCUCAUCGAAGAUCUUAUUUAUAUUUUUCAAUUGUAUAAUUCUUUCCCAAACCAACGAACAUUUCCCACAGCGUGGGUUUAGUCGGGUGUGCGCCACCCCUUUCCUCGGAGCUGCAAGCAGUCGUUCUCAGAGGUGUGCGUACCGUGGUAAACAUAUGCCGUUGUGCGUGUGGGAAGGUUUCUAUGGUACUAGAAGUUUGUUUUAUCAAAAAGUAAACUUUUUCAAGAAAAUAAUUGGAUAGUAAAAUAAACUUUUCUUCUUGUC